AUGGCGGGCGAUUUCGACGGCCAUCUUGUCCCGAGGCUUCUGACUUUCCCUGCCGUUGCCGGAAUUACAUUGUUUCGAACUAUCCCACGACGACCCCGUUACCCGCGGGCGCCCCCGCCCGGAACGCCUCCACCACCGCCUCCAGAGAAGGAGUUCCAGGCGUAUAAGACGAAGAAGUACAUAUACCUCAUGUCCAAUAGGAAGUACACCUACAACGACGCUGCGUACUUCUGCCUUGACAAGGGAGCCUUUGGCGCGGGCAGCAGCGUGAGUGCACAAAUCGUGGAGGGUUUGGACGACGCGCCGUCUUUGUUGCCGCCGUCGCCACCGCAACCCACGUUCGACACCGAGGACCCUUUCGUGAUCUCCAGCCUGUUCCCUGGUACCGAGAAGGAGUUCCAGGCGUAUAAGACGAAGAAGUACAUAUACCUCAUGUCCAAUAGGAAGUACACCUACAACGACGCUGCGUACUUCUGCCUUGACAAGGGGUACGACCUAAUUCCGUACGAUGACAAGACGCAAAAAGAUGCCUACCGGGUCGUUCUGGACCACGUCCCGGCGGACGCCACAAACCGCCUGUGCUACGAGAGCGGUCGCGGCUGCUGGGUCGGCGGCCAGCAAGGCAACUACUGCGCCUACGUCGAUCCAGACGGAAACGGCGGCUCCUCCUCCACGCGCUACUGCGACGAAGAGCAGUACGCGGUCUGCUUCACCAAGGCGCCCCUGAAGCGAGCGGCAAUGUGA